AUAUUUUCCCAGCUCUAUAAUGUAAUGGUAUUUGAGGUUUUGUGGCCGUGUUUUUGUUUGGUGAGGUAAAUGAAAAUCAGCGAAAUCGCCCAGGAAUCGAGGCCAAUGGAACGGACGACCAAGUGACCAGCGCAGGCAAUCAGGACACGAAGGAAAAGCGGAAUUAUCGGAAGGGCAGCAGCACCUCGAGCAGCGACACAGCGACAACAAAGAGGAAACGCCAACGGGGAGGAAGGGGCAAAGCAUGAGCUGGAGCUGAGCUUGAAAUCGAAAUUAAAACUGCAACUGCAACUGCGACCAGGAGUGCGGAGUGUGACGACGAGUGGCGAGGGCAACCAAACAGUGUGGGCGGACAAUCAGACAACGUGACGAAAAGUUGGGUAAUUGGAUAAGCAGCCAAGUGACUUGAAGAGCAGCCCAUGAACUUCAGGUGUCCAGGCAGUAGUUCCUCAUCAGAGACGACAGAAAUUAAAUCCUGCAGCCACCAACAGCACCUCCACGGCGAGGCAACUGGCAGAAACAAAUCCGCAGACGCAGCAGCAGACGGAGAUAACAACGGAUCCACUAUGAGCACUGUGUUCAUAAACUCUCGCAAGAGCCCCAAUGUGCUGAAGAAGCAGGGCACCGACCAGUGGGUCAAGCUGAAUGUGGGCGGCACCUAUUUCCUCACCACAAAGACGACGCUCUCCCGCGACCCCAACUCCUUUCUGUCACGUCUGAUCCAGGAAGACUGCGACUUGAUAUCGGAUCGGGACGAAACUGGCGCCUACCUGAUCGACAGAGAUCCCAAAUACUUUGCCCCGGUGCUGAACUACUUGCGGCACGGUAAGCUAGUACUCGAUGGCGUCUCUGAGGAGGGAGUACUGGAGGAGGCCGAGUUCUAUAAUGUGACACAAUUAAUAGCACUGCUGAAGGAGUGCAUCAGUCACAGGGAUCAGCGGCCGCAAGCGGACAAGAAACGGGUUUAUCGUGUGCUUCAGUGCCGGGAGCAAGAACUGACUCAGAUGAUCUCAACGCUUUCGGAUGGUUGGCGAUUCGAGCAGUUGAUCAGCUUGGGUAUGCAGUACACCAGUUAUGGGCCCUUCGAAAACAAUGAGUUCCUGUGUGUGGUCUCCAAAGAGUGCGGAACGACGGCCGGCCGGGAGCUAGAGCUAAACGACCGCGCCAAGGUCCUGCAGCAGAAAGGAUCACGAAUUCUUGGAAUUUAAAUGCGCACAAUGUUCACAUAGAAACCUUUAACGAGAUCGAACUCACAUCAUCUAUCAAUCAAAAAACAGAAUUCAUCGCCAAUCAGCUAACAAUAGAGACAACAGCAACAAUAAGAGCCGCCAAGGAAGCGCCACAUUAGCAACAGUACAUCAUCAGGCAGUUCAUUAUAGGAUUUCAGACUAGACCAGACCAUACCAGACCAGCCACAGCCACCUACCAAGUUCAUCCCAAGCAGCCGCGUUUCAAAACAGAAGUUAACAGACAAAUACUGAAAUUCGAUUUCAAUAGCGUUGUGCGCUUGCUCCUGUACUAUAGACUAUAUAUAUAUAGCACUGUAGAGAGCUAAUUUGUGGGCUGGAGUGCAUGUGUUCAACUCGAGUGGAACCAAAAACUAAGAAAACAAAUGAAAUAAUAUAAAAAAAAAUUACAAACUAAGCUAGAACCACAACCAGCCAACCAGUGCUUUGUUGAGCGCCUCUGCUUUGAGCUCCGCGAGAGCACAGUUCUCAGGUCCUGAACGGAUCUCUCUUGCGUACAAUAAGGUAGGAAUUAUGCACAAUUUAGCGGAUGUUUGUAGGGUUAGGUCUUAGUAGUUUUUAUAGUGCUUACAAUAUAACAACACCGACUAUUUCGCCGCUGGGCAGUCGCGUCCUUGGUUAAGCAAUUUAAUUUCAUAAACUGUACUCUAAGUUGGAGCUGCAUUUACAUGUCAGACUUGGAUGCUCCCCAGAACCGUAGAGCCGUUAACUAAAGGAUUAACUAUUUGUUUGUCCAAUGAGAUACGUUUUUCGAUUUAAAAUAACCAAAAAAAUAUAAAGAAAAACUUUAAAUUGUUCAAACAAAUGGUAAAUUCUUGAGUAUAAAAUUCGUUCCGCGUUGUGUACGCCCCCGGCUACUACCUUUUGAGCUUUAUUUAAGUGAAAAAUACAAAAAAAAAUAAUACAUGAAAAGCAAAAACAAUGAUAUCCACUAAUGAAAACAAAUGAAUUACGACUGAAUUUAUGUGAACUUGCACUCAAAAAUAUAACAAAAAAAAACUUGAAAUUUGAUAGUGACGAGAAAUGUUAAUUAAUAAAAACAAAAAAGCAAAUAAUACAAAAUGAUGGAAUUAUAAGCGAAAACCCUAUCCGGCGACGUUAUGUUCAGACAGGCAUAUAAUAUAAUAUGAUAAGUACAUUAAUGUAUAUAAUUUUAAAUACAUAGAUACUAAUUUAUACACAAGAAAACAAAAGAAAAUGAAAAAAAAAAAAAUUUGAUAACAAUUCAAAAACGUCGCCACCUACUCGUCGUACCCAUUUUGACUUAUUUUAUGUAACGUAAGGUGCGUGCUGAUUAUUUAGAGAAUAACUUUAAAUUAUGCUAAACGUGAAUUUUUGGUUCACGCAGCUCCCGGUUAAUGCCGUAAAUAUAUAUACCCGGAUCCGGCAAAACAGCAAUACCAGAAUGGCGCAACUGCUUUAAAUAUAUAUGCAGAUAUACAGCAGAUACAGAAUAUGGGUAAAGCUAUAUACAUAUAUAUAUAUACACAUGCAGAUAUUCAAAACGAUAAUACGAUAAUCCUAAUGUAAAACCCUCAAUAAUAUUGUACUCACCCGGGCCUUACCUAACCCCCUCCACAUUAUAAAGAAUAAAACUCUUCACAAGUUUA